UUUGACGUUGUGUCCAGGGUAAUAUGAACGAAUAUAUCGAUUAAUACGAAUUUUCUAAAGCGGUAACAAACACUCUAAUUGAGAUAUAAGCUUUUAACACGUUUUUACCAUCUUUUCACCCCGUCGAUAGAUCUCUGCUGACUUCAGCGGAAGGAUAUGGAUUUUUGUUUCUUCACCCUCAGUGACUUUAGUGACUGGUGAGCGUAGAGAGGUGGAAGACUUUUUCGGUGGCGUGUCUGACUAAUACAAGUUAAAUUGUGUAUUUAAUGUAACGGCUCGUAGAACACAUGUAACAAAUUACUGAAAUGUUGUAAUUUGGCGCUACAAAUAGUUUUUCCCCUCUUAAUUGCGUGUGAGCCAUUUCCAACAAGACUUUUUUUGAGAACUUACCGUCCCGGGAGACAGCUCAACUUUGGGCUGGCGACCUUAUGUGGAUUUUACAGAAAAUAUGGAGCAGAUCCCCGGUUUCUUCUCGGGCAAAUCACUAGUCUUUGUCUUCUGCUUCAUUCGCCUCUCUUUGGCUUUGCAGUGUAUGGAUGAUAAGGCGCCUUGUGUUAACAACGCUACAUGUCUGACCUUCAACAAUGGCACUGAAUACUGCAGGUGUGCACCAGGCUUUCUGGGUGAGUACUGCCACCAUAGGGACCCUUGUCAACCUGGCUUCUGCCUGAAUGGAGGAAACUGCUCUGUGUCCAUGUUAGCUGGUGUACCUGUACCAGGCAGCGCUGUCUGCACCUGCCCUCUUGGCUACACCGGACAGCACUGCCAAACUCCCCAGAACUCCACAUGUUACCCCAAAAACCCCUGUGCCAACAAAGGUGUCUGCACCCUGCUGUCCCUUGACAAAUACAAAUGCAAGUGUGCCAGAGGAUGGACAGGACUGCAGUGUGAGCAUGAGGACAGCUGUCUAUCUAGUCCCUGUUCCAACGCUGGAACGUGCAGCUCUCUGUCUGGUGGUAGCUACACAUGUUCCUGUCCUCCUGGCUACACAGGGCCUCGCUGCCUUAAUGACACAAAUGAAUGUGAUGCCACACCCUCUAUAUGCCAGAAUGAAGGACAAUGCCACAACACCCCUGGCUCCUACAAGUGUACCUGUACCCCAGGAUUUACUGGCAGGCACUGUGAAAGCUCAUACAUCCCUUGCUCACCCUCACCAUGCCUAAAUGGAGGCACCUGUCACCAGAACUCUGAAACUAGCUACUCGUGCCACUGCCUUCCAGGUUUCAACGGGACUAACUGUGAGAACAAUAUUGAUGACUGCCCCGGUCAUCAGUGUGCCAAUGGAGGAACGUGUAUGGACGGAGUCAACACCUACAACUGCCAGUGUCCUCCAGAGUGGACUGGUCAGCACUGCACAGAAGAUGUGGACGAGUGUCGUCUGCAGCCAAACACUUGCCAGAAUGGAGGUACCUGCAGCAACCUGUUUGGCAGCUAUGUCUGUGUGUGCGUUAACGGCUGGAGUGGACCCGACUGCUCUGAAAACAUCGAUGACUGUGCUACAGCUGCGUGCAGCCCAGGCUCCACAUGCAUCGACCGUGUUGCGUCUUUCGUCUGUCUCUGCCCCUACGGAAAGACAGGCUUGCUCUGCCAUAGAGAUGAUGCCUGUAUCAGUAACCCCUGUAGAGAGGGUUCUCAGUGUGACACCAACCCCAUCAAUGGGAUGUUCAACUGUAACUGUCAACCUGGAUACGUAGGCAGCACCUGCAACAUCGACAGAGACGAAUGCAGCAUUGCUCUUUCCUCUUCAUCAUCAGGUACCAACCCUUGCGAACAUGGUGGCCAGUGUGUGAACACUGAUGGCUCCUUCACAUGUAACUGUGUUCGGGGUUAUGCUGGGCCGCGCUGUGAACAAGAUGUCAACGAGUGUGCUUCGAAUCCCUGCCAGAACGAUGGCACAUGCCUGGAUCGCAUUGGGGACUACACCUGCAUCUGCAUGCCCGGAUUUGAGGGGACUCACUGUGAGAUAGAGGUGGAUGAGUGCCUUAGCUCGCCCUGUCUGAACCAGGGGAAAUGUCUGGACCAGGUCAGCCGCUUUGUCUGCGAAUGCCCAGCAGGCUUCAGCGGUGACAUGUGCCAAAUAGACAUAGAUGAGUGUUCCAGCACGCCCUGUUUUAAUGGGGCCAAGUGUAUCGACCGACCGAACGGAUAUGAUUGUGAAUGUGCUGAAGGCUUCACUGACCCACUUUGUGAGGAGAACAUCAAUGACUGCGUACCAGAGCCUUGCCACCAUGGUGUGUGUAAAGAUGGCAUCGCCACCUUCUCCUGUGAGUGCUAUCCUGGAUACACAGGGUCCAUCUGUAAUAUCCAGGUCCAGGAGUGCCACAGCAACCCUUGUCAGAACCGAGGACGCUGCGUUGACCUGGUCAAUGCCUACCAGUGUAACUGCCCAUCGGGAACCACAGGGGUAAACUGUGAGAUCAAUGAUGACGACUGUGCCAGCAACCCCUGUGAGUACGGAGUGUGCCACGAUGGCAUUAACGAGUACAAAUGUGUGUGCACCCCAGGAUAUACAGGAGUUAAAUGUGAUGUGGAAAUCAACGAGUGUAACUCAAACCCAUGUAUGAGUGGGGGAACCUGCGUGGACAAGGUCAACGGGUUCCACUGCCUGUGCCCACCCAGCACCCACGGCCCUCUGUGCCUCUCUGGGACCGACCACUGUGCUCCUCAGCCUUGUGUGCACGGAGAAUGUAUUGAACAGCAACACGGGUAUCGUUGUGAGUGUGAAGCUGGCUGGGUGGGACAACACUGUGAACAGGAAAGGGAUGAGUGCAAGUCAAGUCCGUGCCAAAAUGGUGGCACCUGUUUGGACCGACAUAAUGGCUACACCUGUCAGUGCCAACCUGGAUUCAAAGGUGUGAACUGUGAGAAGAACAUAGAUGAAUGUGCAUCCGGGCCCUGUCUGCACCAAGGCAUUUGUAUAGAUGGAGUCAACAAUUAUGCCUGCCAAUGUAGUCCGCCAUUCAUAGGUAAACACUGUGAGAUGGAACAGGUUCCCUGUGCCUCUCAUCCAUGUGAGAGGGGAGGAGUGUGUCUUCCAUCUGCAGACUACACCUCCUACACCUGUCGAUGUCCUGCUGGUUGGCAAGGAACACGUUGCACGGAUGAUGCGAAUGAAUGCAGAAUGAACCCUUGCAAAAAUGGUGGUCGUUGCAUUAACACCCAGGGCAGCUACACGUGUAAAUGUCAACCUGGAUACAGCGGACACAACUGUCAGACAGACAUUGACGACUGCUCACCCAACCCAUGCCUGAAUGGAGGCUCUUGUGUGGACGAUGUUGGGAGUUUCUCCUGUGACUGCCGCCCGGGUUUUGAAGGCGACCGCUGUGAGACUGAGGUAGACGAGUGUGCCAGCCAGCCCUGCAGGAACAGUGCCAUCUGCCGGGACUACGUCAACAGUUUUGUGUGCGAGUGCCGACAAGGCUUUGAUGGAAUCUUGUGUCAACACAACAUCCUUGAAUGCACUGAGAGCUCCUGUCUAAAUAAUGGGACUUGCAUUGAUAGCAUCAACGCCUUUUCUUGCCGUUGCCGUCCUGGUUUUUACGGGGAAUUCUGUGAGUUUGAGCAAAAUGAGUGCGACUCUCAGCCCUGUAAGAAUGGAGGCACCUGCACUGAUGGCCUGGGCAACUACCGCUGCACCUGCCCCUUGGGAUACAAUGGACAGAACUGCCAGAACUUUGUGAACCUCUGCAGCCAGGUGCGCUGUUACAACGGCGGCUCCUGCUCUCAGACAUCGACCUCCUGGACCUGCCACUGUCAAAUGGGAUGGACGGGACUUUACUGUGACGUCCCCAACAUGUCCUGCCGGGACUAUGCUGCCAGGGAGGGUCUGGAAGUGGAAAAUGUGUGUAAGAACGCCGGGCGGUGUGAGAAUGUGGGCAAUUCCCACCGGUGUCGGUGCCAGCCAGGAUACAUGGGCAGCUACUGUGAAGAGAUGGUUGAUGAGUGCCAGUCAAACCCCUGUCGCAACGGAGCUACAUGCAAGGACUAUCAUGGCACAUACGAGUGUAUGUGUAAAGCAGGUUACCAGGGGGUGAACUGUGAGUAUGAUGUUGAUGAAUGCCACUCUAGGCCCUGCCUCCAUGGAGGAACCUGUAUCAACCUCAUUAACCGCUUCACCUGCGCCUGCCCACCCGGAACACAUGGGCUCCAGUGUGAGGUGAACGUGGAUGACUGUGCCCCCAAGCCUGGCUCCUCUGAACCUCGCUGUCUGAAUGGAGGACAGUGUAUGGACGGUGUGGGCCGUUACACAUGCUCCUGCCCUGCAGGAUUCGUUGGAGAACACUGUGAGGGGGAUGUCAAUGAAUGCCUGUCUGGGCCCUGCCACGCCCCCGGCAGCCUCGACUGUGUGCAGCUGGUCAACAAUUACCAGUGUCGCUGUCGCCUGGGAUACACAGGUCGUCAUUGUGAGUCCAUGGUGGAUCUGUGUCUGUCUAAGCCAUGCCACAACGGUGCCGUCUGCUCUAUGAACAUGAGUUCAGUACAUGGCUACACCUGCUCCUGUGUUCCCGGCUUUACUGGGUUCAACUGUGGCGAAAUAGAACACUACAAUUGUUUGAAGCUACGUUGCCAGAAUGGUGGGCGCUGUGUGGAGUCACCAGGCCACCUGUACUGCCAGUGCCAGCCAGGCUUCAGUGGACCACACUGUGAGAAUGAACAGAGGUGUCCAUGGCGCUGCCAAAAUGGAGGAACCUGCAUCAGAGACCCAUCCAACCCGUACCAGUAUAGCUGCCGCUGCCCCGUGAACUUCUCCGGACGAACCUGUGAGAACAAACUACUCACACCACGCACUCCAACCUGCCCCUAUCUGCAGUGUGAGCAGCAUUCUGGGGAUGAAGUGUGUGACGAUCAGUGUAACAACCAUGAAUGUCAGUGGGAUGGAGGCGACUGCUCGCUCAACUGGAAGAAGCCUUGGGAUAACUGCACCGCCAGUGUUCCCUGCUGGGAUCUCUUUAAGAAUGGAGUUUGUGACAAGGAGUGUGACAACCCUGGGUGCCUCUUUGACAGCUUUGAGUGCCAGGAGACCCCACCGUCCUGCAAGUAUGACAAGUACUGCGCAGACCACUUUGGGAACGGCAUCUGUGACCAGAGCUGCUACACGGAGGCUUGUGGCUGGGACGGCCUGGACUGCUCAGCUGACACUCCAGCCAAAGUGGUGGAUGGCACACUGGUCAUCGUGGUUCGGCUGCAGCCUGAGGAGCUGCUUGGAGACUUGAGGGGUUUCUUGCGCUCCCUGGGAGCCCUGCUGCACACCAACGUGCAGGUGAAGCUGGAUGAAAAUAAGAAGCCAAUGGUGUAUGCUUACUAUGGGGUGGAGGAGGAGCACGGACGACAUUUACAGAGGAGGAAAAGCAAGCGGGAGCUGGACAGGGAGGUUAUUGGAUCUGUGGUGCACCUGGAACUCGAUAACCGCGAAUGUUCUCAGAGCUCUGUCGACUGUUUCUCCAGCACUAAUGAGGCUGCGUCAUUCAUUGCAGCAGCACACAUCAAGGCUGAACUGCCUUACCCUCUGGUGUCUGUUAACAACUUGUUUUCUUCAGGUGACCCGACAGUUCCACCUCAGCCACCGUUGCUGAUGAUCCUGGUUGGAGUGGCAGUGGUUAUUAUUCUGCUUAUCCUGGUGCUGGGGAUGCUAGCAGCCAAGAGGAAGCACAAACAUGGCGUCCUGUGGCUGCCUGAUGGCUUCAUGGCCAAUAAGAAUGAUAAAAGGAGAGAGCCUGUCGGACAAGAUGACUUUGACAUGAAGAAUUUCAAGACCCAGGAUGGAGCCAUGAUUGAUGGAGGUCAGAGUCAGAGAUGGCUGGAUGACGAGGUCCAAUCCAAGAAACCAAGAACUGAAGACAAACCCUUGCUGCCCAUCGCUAUGGAUGGAGGUGUUGAUCGGAGAGAGUGGACCCUGCAGCACCGCAAGGCUGCUGACAUCUCGCUGACUCCCCCACAGGCCGACCUGGAUUCUGACUGUCUGGAUGUAAACGUCAAGGGACCUGAUGGCUUCACCCCACUGAUGUUGGCAUCGCUGCGUAAUGGUGGAGGCCCGGACUGCAGCCUGCAUGGAGAAGAGGAGGAAGAGAGUGGAGGAGAUGAACCAGGACCGAGUGUCAUUUCAGACCUUAUCGCUCAGGGUGCUUCCUUAAUGGCUCAGACUGACCGUACAGGAGAAACGGCGCUCCACCUGGCUGCCCGCUACGCCAGGGCUGAUGCUGCUAAGAGACUGCUGGACGCUGGAGCUGAUCCCAACGCCCAUGACAACAUGGGCAGAACGCCGCUGCAUGCUGCCGUGGCAGCUGAUGCCCAGGGAGUCUUCCAGAUUCUGAUCCGUAAUCGUGCAACAGAACUGGAUGCCCGGAUGAAUGACGGCACUACUCCACUGGUCCUGGCAGCCAGACUAGCUGUGGAGGGCAUGGUGGAAGAGCUGAUCCACUGCCAUGCUGACAUCAAUGCUGUAGACGACCAUGGCAAAUCCGCUCUGCACUGGGCAGCUGCAGUUAAUAAUGUGGAGGCCACUCUUGUGCUUUUGAAGAAUGGAGCCAACCGGGACAUGCAAGACAAUAAGGAGGAGACCCCACUGUUUCUAGCAGCCAGAGAAGGCAGCUUUGAGGCAGCUCAGGUUCUCCUUGACCACUACUCCAACCGGGACAUCACCGAUCACCUGGAUCGGCUGCCCCGCGAUACCGCUCAAGAACGCAUGCAUCAUGACAUAGUGCGCCUGCUGGACCAGUACAAUUUGGUUCACAGUCCACACAAUGGCCCUAACCACAUGGGCGGAGGAGGAAACUCCUCCAUUAUGUGUGGGGCCAACGGAGCAGGCUUCAUCGGCAUGCGCCCAGGGCCGCAGGGCAAGAAGAGUAGGAGGGGCGGAGGUGGAGCGAAGGUGGGAGGUGUUGGCGGGGGAGCUAAGGAGCUAAAAGACAUGAAGGCAAAGAGAAGAAAGAAGCCCGCUGGAGGAGAGGGGCCGGGUGUGAGUGCUGGAGUGGGAGGAGGAAGUGGAGGAGGUACAGGCGGAGGGAACGCAAAUGGCGUCAAGGCAGCAGGAGGACUUCCAGAGAGCUCUGUCACCAUGUCACCAGUUGACUCCCUGGAAUCACCACACUCGUACACAGGUGACGUGUCCAGCGCCACCUCCACCACAGCAACCUCCCCUCCCCUCCUGAGCAGCCCCACCUCCCGACCAAUGCUGCCCCCCGUCAGCCACAUGCUGGGACAGCAGCAGAGCUGGGUGGGAAUGACCAAGCACGGCUACAGCGGCCACAUGUUCGGCCUUGUGUCGCACCAGAUGGGGGGUUCUCAUCCCGGCAUGGGCCAACACCACAACCAGGGCCCGAUGCUGACUCCCAUGAAUGUCACCAUGAGCAGAGAGCAGCUGCCGCCCAUCGUCACGUUCCAGAUGAUGGCCCCUGGAAGAAGCCAGGCCAUGCUGAAGCAGCCUCAGCCAGGGCAGGUACAGGCCACGCAGUCCCAGGGGCAGAACCAGAAUCAGGGUCACUCCCAGCAGGGGCCAGGCCACCUCCGAUGCUCCCAGGGUAUGAUGUAUAAGAUGCCUGAGCAGAUGAGCAUGGCGCACGGGCUCUCCCACGCCCUGCAGCACCCCCACACCGUCAGCCACGGAGGGAUUGAGGGCCAGUCUCGGCCGCUGCCCUCCUAUCCACCCAUGCAGAGCCCUGUGGAUAAGUACCCCACUCCCCCCUCCCAGCACAGUUACACCACCACUAGCUCAGAGGGCACCACCCCCGGCCACUCUGCCCACCCACCCAGCGAGCACCCAUAUCUCACCCCUUCACCCGAGUCCCCAGACCCUUGGUCGUCCUCUUCGCCACACUCCAACUCGGACUGGUCUGAUGUCACCACCAGCCCCACCCCUCGGGGGAACCCCCACCACGCACUGCCGUCUUCACACCACACACACAUUCCAGAGCAGGUGCAGCUGCAGCUGCAGUCGCAACAGGUGCAGCAGGCCUCUCAACAGCCUCAGCACGGUAACAUGCAGGUUUUUGCGUAGGCCGGCCCGAGGAAAGCAUAAACAGACUGACUUUGGGGUUCUGUGUAGUUGAAUAACACAUAGUAACUCAUACAGUGCUUUUCUCACGUCUCGUUAAUUCUUUUUUGUGUUCUUCAUUAUAAUAAUCAGUCACCUCCCCUUUUAUGUUUUCUUCUCCUCUUUGCACUUAAGAUGCUUAAGAUGUUUGUAUAGUUUCUAAAACGCCAUUGAGUAGUAUCAGCUAGAUAUCAAAAGUUCUCAAUACCAAAAAAACAUGCAGUUUCCAUGUUGUUCUGCGAUCCCAGCCGAGCAUCCUCUGCUCACUGUUGGCGAAGUCAAGACUUUUCUUUUCGGCCUUUGGCACCCAAACUGUUUAUCGAGGGAUCAACGAGGAAGUGCCGACCAGAUGGCGGCCGGCUGGUAUUGGAUCAGAAAAACAGACUGUUGAGAUGGACUCUAUGACAUGACGGAGGACGUUCUGCAUUGAUAUUGUCUGUUUUGUAGGACAUUGUCAUUUCUCUCUGCUAUAUGCUAUCCUUACGUGUUGUUUAAUGUGAUAAGCCUGCCAAUACUAACUCGUCGUUGCAACCAUUCACUCUACUCUUUUUAAUACGAUGGAUCACAUUCAGUUGAUGCUUUAAUUCAGCAAAACUACCUAGUUGUUUCCUUAUUGUUUUUUUUAUUCAUGCAUUGUUUUUUUAUGUGCUAAAGGGGGAUUUUUAUAAAAUGCUGUUGCAUGACUAGAACGACAAACAUUGAGUGAAUUACAGGUUAUAUAUAAAUGCACACAGAUGCAUCUUGUUACUAAAUGGCUCUACACUUGUGCUAACAACUUAAAUAUGUAUUUACUGCAUUGAUUACAGUUGAUAGAUAUUAGUGGUUUCCAUUAAUCAAACCCACAGAAGGUUCAAUAAAUGCAGUUUUUCCUUGCAUGCUGUUUGUGCAGUGAGAACAGUGUAUGUUUUGAAGGCAGUUACUGUUACUGAAAUACAAAAGUUUGAUUUGAAAACCAAAUCAGAGUUAAUGUGGAUGUAGUUAUAUCAUGUCUUGGCACAGAUGGUGCCACUAUAUGUCAUGUGUUGAGGGAUUAAUGAAGCUUGACAAACUUUAUGCAAAAACAUACAUUAGUUUUAGAAUGUUGUAUGAUGAAAUGGACAUAGAUUUACAGCACAUUCUGCUUGUUAUUACUGAGCUCGAUUUGGCAAAGACAUGUUGACAUUUUAAAAUGUCUGUUUCUGUUUUUAUAUGAAUUCUGUUCGCACUUCUUGAAUGAUUCUGAAUGUUACAGAGGCACAUGUUUAUACCUUUAAACUGCCUCCUUGCUAAAUGUUUUCUCUUCCAAAAUCAUUUAACCAGUUUUGCCUUUUGCUUAACUACAAUCAGUUUAUCUCUGCACCUUUUUAAUUGUAAUGAUUCAUAAACCAAGUCUGGAGGUGAGUAAGGUAUGAGAAAGUAUUUUGUCUUCUUAAAUAUGUUGUUGAACAUAGCUUUGUGUGACUGCUCUGUACACACAGACAAUCAUUCACUGUAUUUGUUACUGUUAUUUUUGAAACUUCAAAAAAAGAACUUCAGUGUCUCUAAGACCAAAUCAUUGUUUUUCUGCCAAACAUGUACAUCAUGUCCAAAUUUGUAUCAGUUGUUGUCCUUGAUUCGGUUAUUGUUGUGAUCUAUAAAAGACUAAAGUUAGACACACAGCACACUCAUCCAAUACUAAGAAAUGUUUUAGUUUAGAGUAUUUGUGUGAUUAAGCCAAAUUAUUCACCAAUAUUCCCAGUACCUGCUACUUCAGGGUCUUUUUCUACGUACCUGUGAUGUCUCUGCAGUUUCAUAAAACACAUGUACUGUUCAUUGAGGUACUGUGUCAGUCAGCAUUUUUAUUAAGAAUUGCGCAUGUCAGUUCCCAUUCAUAUGCAAGGCCAUGUGUCAAUUUUCUGUAUAUAAUUUUUUUUGUAUUGUACUUUCCUCUGUUAACCAAAUAGCCUAUAAUAUACAUGCCAUAUGAAGUAGUUGUCGCCAUGUUUGUAUAAGGUAGAAGAACUAAAAACUGAUGAAAAAAAUAAGUUGUCUGUUGUCAAAAUACCAAAUGAUCAACCAAAUCUGUUUACUGAAAUAAAGCCCAGAUCUUCAUAGAC